AUGGCGUCGGUAACGGACGAAUACCUGUCCAAUGCAGGUCCAUCGCGUCACUUUGAUCAGUCUCCACCUGCUCUACCUCCCAAAUCGACAUCCCCGUCCAAUUCGUUUCGCAAUGGAUUGAGUUCUCAGGCGGAUAACGACGGGCAUAUGCACGGUGCUUGGCCAAACGGUGGAGGCGAGAUUCCCAGACCUUCGUCAGGGGCCGACAAUCAUGACUCUGCAAGCAGGCGAAACCCAUUGGUCGACUUGAUAGAUAGUGAGAAAACCUACGUGGAGCAACUAGGUCUGGUCAUCCGGCGAGUCGCUGCUGCGUGGUCCCGGAAAGAUUUCCCACCGCCAAAGCUGGACACAAUGUUUAGAGCGGUGGAAGCGGUCUACAGAGCGAACAGGGCGUUUGGAAACAAACUGAAAGAGAUCGGUCCGAAUCCAUCCAGCCCGAAAGCCCUGGGCGACUUGCUGAUGCGCUGGAUCGACGACCUCGAACCAUCCUAUUCUAAAUACUGCUCCACCUUCAUGAGCGGUUUUGACUCCUACGAGGCUGUGACGCGCAACGUCCUUCUACCAAAUAUUCUCACCGACAUUUCCACCAUCUCCACCCCGACCCCUCCCCUAUCUACAUGGUCGCUGGAUGCCUUGUUCAUUCUUCCAUAUGCCCGGCUGCGGUACUAUCGUAAACUAUACGCCAGACUUCUUCGCUCCACCAAAGAAGGCAGGAGCGAUCACAAAUUGCUCGUCACCGCAAAUCAGCGUCUGGAAGCGUUGGUCAGCGAGGUCGAGUCCAGGCUGGAUGUGGACGUCGCCGAGUCCGACGGAGCAGAGAGCGCUGACAACGAACAUCAAUCCCUCGGACAAGCUCCGUCAGGGAGAGCUCGGGCGACGGACACUCCAAGUGACGUCUCGCCUUUCAGUCGCGAUGACGGUCGUAACUCUGGGGAAUCUGCAGCUACGAGUUAUAAGGAAUCGCCAACCAAGCGCCCACCGCCAGCCGUACAGAUCCCCAAAAUGUCUGUCGUACCUCGACCAACCAUAUCUACCCCAUCAUCUGGAUCCCCUUUGACAGAUUUGGAGCUCAGAAUCGAUCCCGAGCGUACCAUAGACUUGUUCACGAUGAAGCUGAAAAAAUGCAAACUGCAAAUGAACCCGCCGAAUCUCCCCUUCACUCGCUUCCUCCGCUCGUCUCAUGAUGUUUCCGUCUAUUUCACGCCACGCUGUACGGGUCAACAAGUCGUGCAUCAACGUGCACACGUUUUCAUUCUCUCUGAUCUCUUCCUCAUGGCCGAAUGGAUGGACGCAUUGGAUAAAGCUGCAAAGGCUCAGGAAGUCGCCCAGGAGCAACCUGAGAGGGUUGGACAAGGAGGGCCGAUGCCUGAAAUGUGGCUGAGCUACCCUCCUCUAGCCGGCAAGCAUCUCAGUGUGGCGGAGGGUCAUCAACCCAACAUCCUCACCGUUACCAUCAUGAAAAAGGAGACAUUUGUCAUUCACGCUGAAUCCGAAGUCGCCCGGGACAAGAUCUUGCACGAUCUGUACGAAUGCAUCGACUUUGCGGCUAGUACUGCUGCCCGCCGAGGCCUACCAUCCCCUGUCGAUGCGCGAUCUCCGUCGUCUUUCUCGGAUCACCGGUCCGCAGAUGGUCACAUGCCGCCAUUCCGACAGCCAAGCCCUUUCUCUGCCGACUCGUCACCUAGUGUUAGUCCUCGGCCCAGUGACGUACCGCAUAUUCCGCCUCCAACGAUGCAAGGCAAUGCCCUGGUGUCCCAGAUGCACCAGCUAUCUCUGGAACCGGGCGAGAUCGCGCCUGGAAGAGGUCCAUCACCCCUCGGAGAUGUCGCUUCUCCGCCGCCCCGAGGAGCUAGUCUGAGUGGCAGGACCCGAGUUCCUUCUAUGCCCGACAAUAAUAGCUAUGGUUUCCAACCGGGGCAAGUCGUGCCUGGUGCCACUAUUCCUAGGUCUGCGUCCGGAAGAUCGGUCCAAUCGGCUCCACGGCCUCUGGAGAUUGAUCCUGCGCCACCGCUGCCCAUCAUGCGUGGACCUGGAUCCCACUACUCUGACGGCAGUGGAGCUUCAUGGCAAGGUCACGCACCGCCGUCUCGAUCCAAAUCUGCAGAGCCAUUACGACCGCUGAACGCUCCGCCUCCCUCUGCUCGCUACGGUAGUUUCGCCAGUCCUCUGCAAGAUGACGAUGACGACUCGCCGCCCAUGUCACCCGUCGAGGAAGAAGCGGCAACUCUGACUGGCCCGGCCAUCAUCUCUGCUCAGAUGAAGUGCAAAGUGUUCCUGAAGCAAUCCCACCAACAGUGGAAAGCCCUUGGGUCUGGCAGAUUGAAGCUGUACGCACAAGCCCAUGGAAACGUCAAGCAGUUGGUCGUAGAAAGCGAUUCAAGUAGCAAAGCCAUGCUUAUCUCGACCAUCGUGCUGACUGACGGAGUGGAGCGAGUGGCCAAGACGGGGGUUGCAGUGGAAAUCAGCGACAAGGGAAAACGCACAGGGAUCAUUUACAUGAUCCAAUUACGAAACGAAAACUCGGCAGCGGGAUUGUUCGAGUCGUUAUUGGCUGGAAGUGAUCGAAGCACGAACCGUUGA